AUGUUCCGACGAUUAGUGUCCACUGCGUCGUCGACGUCGGUGUCGAACCUCGCCAUCGCGACAAAACAGCAGUUGUACAUGGUCGACCCCAGCUCGCCCGGGUCUGUGUUUUUCCUCCCGCACGGCACCAGAAUAUUCAACAGGCUCGUGCAGUUCAUGAAGCUCCAGCAGGAAAAGCACGGCUUCACCGAGGUUAUCUCGCCGCUGAUGUACAAAAAGGAUCUCUGGCAGACCUCUGGCCACUGGGACAACUACGCCGACGACAUGUUCCGCGUCGAAAGCAACUCCAGCUCCAACAAACUCGAGGCGGUGUACGGACUCAAGCCGAUGAACUGUCCGGGCCACUGCUUGAUCUUUGCCCGUUUUGCCCGCUCCCACCACGAGCUCCCCGUCAGACUGUCCGACUGGUCCAGUCUGCACAGGAACGAGCCCAGCGGAGCGCUCACGGGCCUCACCAGAGUAAGACGGUUCCACCAGGACGACGGCCACAUCUUCUGCUCCAGGUCGCAGGUGGGCGCAGAAAUCGGCAAGACGUUGCAGCUCAUCCGGCUGUGCUACUCCGUGUUUGGGUUCCACAAGUACCGGAUGAUGCUUUCGACGAGACCGGAAACGCAUAUCGGCACGGUUGAGGAAUGGGACAGGGCAGAGAGCGAGCUGCGAAACGCGCUCGACAGGCACGCUGGGCCGGAAAACUGGGCUGUCCGCGACAAGGACGGUGCUUUCUACGGGCCCAAGAUCGACGUCCUCGUCACAGACCGCACAGGAAAGGAACACCAGGCUGCCACCGUGCAGCUGGACUUCCAGCUGCCGCAGCGGUUCCAGCUCGAGUACCAGGGCGAGGCCGGACCGGAAACGCCGAUCAUGGUGCACCGGGCCGUGUUCGGGUCUGUCGAGCGGUUCAUGGCGCUGCUCAUGGACGAGUACGAGGGAAAAUGGCCGUUUUGGCUGUCUCCUCGACAGGCGGUGAUUAUUCCUGUGAACGAGACGCAUUUGGAGUAUUCCCGUGCGAUCCAGGAAAAAUUGGGCGGUCAGCAGGACCUGGACGCUGCCUGUUCUCUGCGAGACGUCAGCUACUAUGUGGAUGUUGAUGCACGGGCCGAAACCGUUGGUCUGCGGACCAAAGACUCCAUUCAGAAGGGCUACAACUACAUCAUUUUGGUAGGCGAUCGCGAGGUGCAGAGCGGAAGCGUUGCGGUGCGCUCGCGAGACAACCGCAAGGUGCAGACCAUGGACAUAGACGAGCUCCAGACGCUUUUCGCAGACCUGGAGAAAUCUUAUAAAUAG